AAUCAAACGAAAAACGAAAACUGGAAACCGAAAACCGAAAACUGGAAAUCGAAUUGAAUCGUUGCUGAAAUUAUGCCUAGGAGGCUACUCCCUGAGGACGGGCAGAGGCCCAGCAAGAGCCUGAUCCUGGUCAUCUUUGCCAUGGCCAUUCUUAUGAAGGCCGGCAUCAUUGUGGUGGAGCUGAUGCUCUAAGCGGUGGGCCAUUGACGGGAUAAUUACCUGCAAUGAAAGGAACAAAAGGUUACUUCUCCGAAGAAAGAAAACACACAGAAAAGGUGAGGGAGAGCGAUGCCCGAAGUCAAGUGCAGUUCUGGGCUCGAGGGCCAAACCGCGAAGGCGACGAAGGCGACGAAGGCAAACCGCAAAACAUAAUUUCAUUCUUCCCGCUGUGCAAAACAGUGAAAAUAAUUUGACAACUUGCUGGAAAAUAUGUCACAUGAAGGAGGUCCCCCCCCCCCGCACCGCCCGGUAAACAGGAGAAAAAAAAGGGUUUCGGCGUCGCCUUUCGGGAAAAAUCAAAACGAAAAUCCAGGAAAGUGAACUUUUAUUAAAAGCUGUCAGCUCCACAAAA